CUAACAUAAGUGACAGUUUUGACAAUUGACAGUUAAGUUAACCUAAAAUUUAUUUUCCUGAAAUUUAUAAUUAUAAUACAUUUCUAAAUAUCUCAGCGGCGGCAGUCCUCCUACCUCCUAGCAGUAGCAAAUUAUAACUUAUAACCAGCUUAUAACCCUCCUAUCUACUAUCUAAUUAACACAUAUUUUACUUUAGGCGUGAAAAACUGGCUCUAAGCAAUUUGUAUAUUUUUAUUAUUGAAUUACUUUACAAACACCGAACUCUGCAACCUGCCACCCAGUGCAAGAAACAAACCUUAAAUAAUAAUUAAGGGUUUUUUCAGAAUAGGAUCAUGGGAAAAGUAAAGUCAUUUAAAUAUAAGUUGCCUACAACAAAAUUAGCCAAAGUAAUGGCUACUACUGGAAAGAUUACUAAAACAAAACAAAAACUUCAAAAACCACAAAACAUAAGCAAAUCAUUUAAAAAUAAAACAAAUGAAGAUAUGGCAUUAAAAUUUGUGGAUAUAAAUUCUUUGAAAAAAGAUAUUUCAAAUUUAGGAAAUUUAAAAAAGAAUAAUUCAUUCAAAUCAAUUAAAUCUCAAAAAGCAGGUAAUAAAACAAUUAAGAAAAAGGAAAAACUGAACAUAAAGCGUUCAUUGUUAAAGAAAAAAAUAGAUACUAUGAAAGAGUUAAAAGAAGAAGAAAAAGUCAGACAAAAAAGGAAAAAUAUGUCUGUAAUAGGUGAUACAAAUCCAUUACAUGAUUCUCUGCCUUCUCUAGAAUCUUUAUUAGAAAAUAAAAAGAAAGUAAAUUGCAGAUUGUCACAAAGAAGCACAAAGAAAAGAGGCAUUGAUAAAGCUAAGCAGAGAAAGAAAAAAAAUAUUAAUGAUAUAGAUCUUUUUAAGAGAGCUAUAAAUGAUGAUCUAUUCAAGAUAAACCCUUUUGAAAUAAUAUCCAAUCACAUUCAAACUGUAGUUGAACAAGAACGAAAUAAAGCCAUUUAACAUUUUAUAAUUUUGUUUUUGGUUACCUAAUGG